AAAUUAUGAUAAGAAAUUUAGAAAACAUUUGUUUUGGAGACUGAAUCAAGAUGUUAACUUUUACAAUUUUAGCUGCGUUUCUUUCUUUGGUAUUAGGCCAACUGCCGUAUCAUGACCCACAUUGUGACGGUAAACAAGUAAUUGCUCAUUUAUUUAACUGGAAAUGGACCGAUAUUGCAAUCGAGUGUGAACGUUUUCUUGGGCCUAAAGGAUUCUGUGGUGUACAGAUUUCACCACCUAAUGAACAUUUAGUCGAACGACCUAAUAGACCUUGGUCAGAGCGUUACGCUCCUGUAAGCUAUAAAUUGACUAGUAGAAGUGGUACUGAAGCAGAGCUAAGGGAUAUGGUUAGAAGAUGUAAAAGAGUAGGAGUGCAAAUCUAUGCAGAUGUUGUCAUAAACCAUAUGGCUGGUGUUGGCUUUAGCGGGACUGGAUCUGCAGGCAGUCAUUUUGACGCAGAUAAACGAGAGUUCUCUGGUGUACCUUAUAGUAUAUUAGAUUUUAACAUGGUUGGAAGAUGUCCAAACUCUGAUAAUAACAUUCACAAUUAUGACGAUGUUAACGAUGUUAGAAACUGUAACAUGGGAGGAUUGACAGACUUAUGGCAAGAAAAAGACUGGGUGCGACAGAAAAUUGCAGAUUACUUGAACAGUUUGAUUGACAUUGGCUUAGCUGGUUUUAGAGUAGACGCUGCAAAACAUAUGUGGCCUGGAGAUUUGGACGUUAUUUGGUCUAAGUUGCAUUCCGUAAAUGGCGGAAGGCCGUUCAUUUACCAAGAGGUAAUAGCAGGGGGAGCAGUCCAUGCGUCUGAAUAUUAUCAUCUGGGAUAUGUUACAGAGUUUAACUAUGGCGAACAAGUGAAAUACGCUAUCAAUAAUUUUGAUAAUCUCAGGGGUGUAGUGCAUUUAGACUGGGGUAUGGCCCCUACAGAACACGCUUUUGUUUUCGUUGAUAAUCAUGACAAUCAAAGAGGUGGCCAGCUACAUUUUGAUAACCCUGUCGAAUACAAAAGAGCUGUUGCAUUUACUCUAGCGUUUAAUUAUGGCUUCGCAAGAGUGAUGAGUAGCUACUAUUUUACGGAUCGUUCGCAACCUCCCCCACAUGACGGAGAUGUAAUUAAGGAUGUAAUAAUUAACGCAGACGGUACUUGCGGAAAUGGCUGGGUUUGUGAGCAUAGGUGGAAGGUAAUCGCUAAUAUGGUACGGUAUAGAAACGAUGUACUCAAUACAGGAAUAACAAACUGGAAUGUUCAAGGCGAUGUUAUGUGGUUUAGUAGAGAUAAUGUCGGUUUUUUCGCAAUGGGAAAAAUUAACUUUAACAAACAUCUAAAUACAGGUUUGCCAGCUGGACAGUACUGUGAUUUAAUAAGUGAUUGUGCCAAAACAAUUGAUGUUGACAACAAUGGCAUGGCAAAUAUUAGCCCUCAUGACGGAUUUGAACCCUUCGUAGCUUUUACUACAAAAAGCAAGAAUGGUGCAAGAGUUGUGUUUCCUCCAGAACCAGUGCAGUUGAUUCCCGUUAAAGAAGACUUCAAGGAAACAGUUAUUAUCUUCUUAGCAAAACUUCCAUCAGGUCAGGAUUUAUUUGUUCGUGGCGGAAUAGAUCACAAAAAGAGGACAGGAUGUGAGACUGAUGCAAAGUAUAGUGCUUGCAGUAUUCCAAUACGUCACGUUCCUUUAUUUAACUCUACUAAUUUUAAUAAGUAUAACAAUUGGGCCAUUGGAGAUAAUUUUCUGGACUGGUAUGGUUCUGAGUUAAAUCAAGGUGAAUUCAAACAACAAAGAGCUUAUGGAACGCCCUUAUAUCUUGGAACAAAUGUCACCAACAUAGAAAACUACCAUACUUUUGAUUCCGAUCUUUGGAUUGUAUCCGUUGAAAUGGAUUGUUCCAAAACAGAAAAUACAUACUUUGAAUUAAAAGGCAUGAUCAACGGUGUUUGGGAAAAAGAUGUACCUGCAGAUAAUAUUUGUGGUGGCAAUGCAUCAGGGCAACCACCGUAUUCAAGCAAUAACCACUGGGCAAGAUGUGGUUAUCUAAAUAUAUUUCAGUUGGAUAAAGAAACAUGCUUUUGCAACACAAUUUGAAAGUUUUUACAAACAAUAUAAUUUGAUUGAAUUUCCUUAAAAUAAACUAUUUUAACUAUUUUUUCCCCAUUCGAAAAAAGGUAAUUUAAUUUAAUCUGCACUUUCAUGUCUUCGCGUCUUGUUUUCAUGUCUUGACCCACUUGCCAACUUUGAAACGUAUCAGUAAUAAGUACCCGAAUUUCGCUCAAGUAUUUCGAUCUCUGACGACAGAUACACAGCGUUUCUACACUCUGACGACAGAGGAAGCAAGUUAAAUAUAAGUUUGUAAAAAGUUAUAGAGAAAUAAUUGUUUCCUAACGAAUGUAAAGAGAAAUUAAUAAAAACGUUUUAACA